AUGGAGCGAAAAACGAUACUGGAAAUGGAAGCAAUUUUCGUAGGGAUGGGUCCUUCCAAAUCACACCUAGGUGCCAAGGGGAUGUUAAAUGACACCUAUAACGUAACUAAGCCGAUUGUUCCGGUGGGAAAUACCACGACUCCGGAGCGGAAAGAGGAGUUAGUUCGAGUUGAAGUUGCCGUUCAAGCCGCCAUCUUUGCUUUAGCAAUACUCGGUAACUGUUGUGUACUUGUAGCUCUGUGUCGACGACGGAAGAAAUCAACACGAAUGCAUAUCUUUAUCAUGCACUUAAGUAUAGCCGAUCUUCAAGUUGCUUUCUUCAAUAUCCUGCCACAACUAAUAUGGGACAUCACCCAUAGAUGGUAUGGCGGUGACUUUCUAUGUCGCUUCAUCAAAUAUUCCCAGAUUUUUGUCAUGUAUUUGUCGACCUACAUCUUGGUUAUGACUGCGGUGGAUAGAUAUCGUGCCAUUUGUCACCCGCUUAGCAACCACACAUGGACACCCAGACUUGUGCACGUCAUGAUCGGUGGAGCAUAUGCCAUAGCCGCCAUUAUGAGCUUGCCUCAGUUAAUAAUGUUUAAGUACCAGGAAACAAAGGUGGGAUCUGGUGUUAUGGACUGUUGGGUACAUUUUGACCCACCGUGGACUCUUCAAUUAUACAUCACGUCCUUUACGGUCUUCGUUUAUUUGAUUCCAUUUGUCAUACUGUUAGCCUGUUAUGGUUCUAUAUGUUACACUGUUUGGCGGAAGUACAGACUUUCAAGGGAUUCUGGGAAAUAUGUAACUCGUGAUAAUGUUCCCGAACAAAUGCAGUCUGUAGCAUCACAAAACGGAAAAAUACAAAAUCAUGUAACACUUGUACCCAGAAAUCAUUCCUUCAGAGGAUUUUCAAGAGCAAAACUGAAAACCGUAAAACUGACAUUCGUCAUAAUUCUUGCCUACAUAGUGUGCUGGUCGCCAUUUUUUGUCUCGCAGCUUUGGUGGCUAUACGAUGAGUCUGCACCUCUAACAAACAAUGCCCUUGUUAUAAUGUUAUUACUGGCUAGUCUUAACAGCUGCUGUAACCCUUGGAUAUACCUGGCAUUUAGUGGGAACGUCUUGCAGACACUGGCGCCUUGUAAAUGCACGAAGAUGGACUUGUCAGAAACAAACGGCAACAAACUCUGUGUGUGUACAUGUUCUGAAAAACAAAAAAAGAAACAAGGUCACAAACAGAAAUGGACAUUUCGUAGUACAUACUCAUGUGAUUCGACACAAUCAUUGCGACUAACAACUUAUAGAAAGGACGAUAAACGAUUUAGACAAGGGGAAUGCCCAUGUAACACAAAUAUGGACGAAUAUUUUGAGUUACACGGCACAAAUAGGUAG